AUGAACCCCCGCGCUCUUUCCCAACGAAAGGCCGCUGAGCUCAAGAAGCUUUUCGCAGACAUGAAAACCCGCAACGAAGAGCUCGAUAAAAGCCUUGCCGCAACCGCCGAAAUCAAAGACGAAGAUCGAUUACGUAAAGCCUUGCGUUUUAAGAUCAUCAAGACGCUACGCGACCAGCUCUAUUUAGAAUUUGCUAAGACUAUAACUUUCAAGGACUUUCAAACCGCCGUCCAACAAUUAGCUGCUGGCCAAUACGCGUUUGCAAAGCUUUACGAUGCUCUACAAGCUAACUUAAAGAGCAGCGGUCAAGCAAAUCACCUAUUACAAGAACCGCUAAGCCUUAGCGCUAGUGCAGAUCGAUCCAAUCGGUCUAACAAAUUCUCUUCUUUCGGAAACGCCUUUAAGUCAGCGAUCAAGACCCUUAGAUCGUCCCGCAAAGACUCGAAUACACCGAAGCUCCUUCGCUACCACUCAGUCAACGAGAUAGAAUACGGCGCUAGACCCGAAUACGGCCCUUAUUCGGAUGACUCGGACGAUAGGCCUUACUCCGACGCUCUUAAAGAUCACUAG